GGUUUUCACGCAGGAGCCGACUAGCCGCCGGCGCCAUUUGUCACACAUUGCUGUAGACGCGCGGGCCGCGGUAAUAUCGUUUUAUCUCGCACGAUUUGCUGCAACUCCCGACGAUCUUGCCCCCUCGAAUUGGUUUAUCCAUCAGCAGCGGUCGUUUGGACGUUUUUUCACCUCCUCGAAACUCGACGACAGCAGUAAAAAUGCCAGCUCCAGACAUGAGUGCCAACUCUAGAAUUUCAAAGUUCAAGUUCCAGGGCAAGUUUGAUGAAGCUCGAAGAAGGAGAACUGAAGUAUCAGUUGAGCUGCGUAAAGCUCACAAAGACAAUCAAUUGCUCAAGAAGCGAAAUAUCAACAUCGAAGAUGAGCCGCUUAGCCCACCAAGUGACCAAAAGUCCCCCGUUUUUAACAUGAGCAUUGAUGAAAUCAUCGCGGGUAUGACGUCUGAGGAUGACCAGGCCAUGCUUCAAGCAACUCAGGCUUGCAGAAAAAUGCUCAGUCGAGAAAGGAAUCCACCCAUCAAUGACAUGAUAGAGAAAGGCAUUGUUCCUCUUUGCGUGGAAUUCCUUGGAUACCAUCAUAAUCCUAUGCUCCAAUUUGAAGCUUGCUGGGCGCUCACAAACGUAGCAUCAGGAACAUCUGAACAAACACAAGUCGUUGUCAAGUAUGGCGCUAUUCCAAAAUUAGUUGAACUUUUAAAAUGUCCAGCCAUAAAUGUAGCUGAACAAGCAGUAUGGGCUUUGGGUAACAUUGCUGGCGAUGGCCCUGCAGCAAGAGAUCUUGUCCUCAAAGAAGGAUCUCUGUCUCUUUUGAUAGCCCUCAUCACGCCCGAAACUUCGUUGUCUUUUGUGCGCAACAUCGUUUGGACAGUAUCAAAUUUGUGCAGAAACAAGAACCCACCUCCUCCCUUUGAAAUUGUCAAGGAUGCUCUGCCGCUUUUAAAUCGUCUUCUAAGCUACCCUGACAAAGACGUUCUUGGUGAUGCUUGUUGGGCACUCUCCUAUCUCACAGAUGGGACUAAUGAAAGAAUACAGACAGUAUUAGAUUCUGGGGUUGUACCAAAGUUAGUAGAAUUGCUUGGUUCUUCAGAAGUUACAGUGCUUACCCCAGCUUUGCGAGCAGUAGGUAAUAUCGUGACUGGUAAUGACUUACAAACCGACACGAUCAUUUCCGCUGGAGCCUUGAAUUACCUCGGUGCCUUAUUGACACACAAGAGGGUGAAUCUUGUUAAAGAAGCUGCUUGGACAAUUAGUAACAUUACGGCUGGUAAUGAUCAACAAAUUCAGCGCAUUAUUGAUGCUGGAUUGCUGCCACUUUUAAUUCAGGUCCUGCACAUGGGUGACUUCAAAUCUCAAAAAGAGGCAGCUUGGGCAAUAACAAACUUGACUUCUGGUGGUACAGUGCCACAACUUGCACUUUUGGUUCAACUGGGAGUUCUGACUCCAUUCUGUAAUCUUUUGGAAUCAAAGGACUGGAAAUGCGUUUUGGUUGUUCUUGAUGGUCUUAAUAAUAUCCUUAACGCUGCUGAAAAGAUGGGAGAAGUUGAUAGAGUAGCAUUAGUAAUUGAAGAAAUAGGAGGUCUAGAUAAACUUGAGGCUUUACAAACACACGAGAAUGAAAAUGUUUAUCAAAAGGCUGUUCACAUGAUUGACACAUUCUUCUCAGACGGGGAAGCUGAUCCAAACCUGGCUCCAACUACAAACAUGGAUGGUCAACUCGAAUUUCAAGCUACAACUACAGCACCGCAGGGUGGCUUUCAAUUUUAAGAGAACACGAUCUUCCGUCACUUUAUUAUUUAUUUUAAGUCGACUGUAUAUAUUUACGUUUUCAUUAUUGCUUUAGACUUUCAUGUUAUUGAGUGUCAGCUUAGGAUGGAUAUCAAUGAAUUAUUUUAUACUUAACUUAAUUGCAGGAUAUUUUUGUACAUCAUACAUUUGACAUUUUUUCAUUUUUAAUAUUCCGUUGAUUUUGAUUAGCCAAAAAUUCUUACUAAUAAAUUGUUAUAAGGCUAGAAGUAUUUAAAUCAUCCAAUUUGUAUGUAUUUUAAUGAUUCCUUUUCUAUUUUUAUAAUAAACAAAAAUUGUGGAUCCGC